UAUAUAUAAGACGAAGCGUGAGCUGGUGAAUUACAUGAAAGUGAGCGGUUUCUGCUGCGUGUGUAACCUGAGGUAGACUAGUACACAGUGUGGUGUUUUGGGGGAAUUUCAUAUAUUUAUUGACGACGGUGUGGCUCACCCUGUGAAUUCAUCAGGUUCGUAUUCCUCACCAUUGCUUGCUUGGUGACUUAACACCUGCUGUCCUCAGUCGUAUCAACAAUCACCCUUCUGGCAGCUAGACUUGGGGUGCUUCGCCAUGAUGAUGAUGCAGAUGUAUGGCGAGCUGUCUUGCAAUAAGCACUCCCUGAUGAACGUGAUGAAUCGCUUCAUCGCCGCCGCCAACAACAUGGACGAGACGAUCAUGGUGCCCAGCGUGCUGCGGGAUGUCCCUGUGGAUGAGCCGCUGACCCAGCCCUCAUCCAACAAUAAUGAAGAAACCGUUUUUCCCAGCAAGCAGAGGGACAUGUAUGAGCGCUACCUGCUAGUGAAGUCGAUCCGGAAUGACAUGGAAUGGGGUCUUCUGAGGAGGGAACUUUGUGCUGGAGGUUUUGUGGACAGGACUGCUAAACGGCAACAGGAGGAGGUUUGUGGUGGCAGCUUUGUGGAUGAUGGGGCAGACCUGGAGGGCCAGUUCCACUUUCACCUGCGGGGGCUUUUUGGGGUCCUGUCCAAGCUCACAGUGCAGGCAGACCACCUCACCAACCGGUACAAGAGGGAGAUUGGUGGCGGCAACUAUAUCAGAUAAGGACUUGCCGAUGUUUACUAUGAGACACUGCUCCAUCUGGACUGUGAACCUGCAAGGUUUGCCUUGGAAGGACUUGUGUUUUGAGGGACAUUCAUAGAACUGUAUCCUGCCUCAUGUUUAAGAAGGACCACAAACUGAAGGCUUGCUCCCGCAGAGCAUGUCACCAGCUUCCAUCUCCCACAAUCUCCUAGAGUACUUCCUCCUAUCACACUCGAUCGGUGUAGGUUAGUGGCCUUUUUCUGAUGUUGGCCAUGGUUCUAUGUGUUUCUCCACAUAAUGGAUUCUUUAAAUAAUGCAACAUGCUUUUAAGAAUGUAUUUUAACCAUUUGGGAUUGAUAUCCCUGGUAUUUACACUCAAACCACAUUUUUGUGUCUAGUUCUGAGCAUGUAAAACCAGUUGUAUACCUCAGACUUAGUUGGUGAACUUGGCUUAUAGGGUUGCUACAUGUGUGUUUGGGAAUGACCUGGGUUGGUGGUGGUGUACGACUUUAAAUGAAGUGUUAUAACUUAUUUAUUGUGUGUUCCUUUUUUUAUUUUAAGAAAUGUCAAUUUCAAGUUUCAAUUUUGUUUAAUAUUAAAUAAACAAACCUCAGCGAUAUAGUAUAUGUG